UCUUUAUAAAAAAUAAGAAACUCUAGCCCACACCUUCAAAAGUUAAGAAAUUAUCAGUUAUACAGUGAAAGCGGUUGGUAAUUACGUAAAUAUAUAUUAUAUGUGUGUGUGUGUGUGUGUGUGUGUGUGUGUAUGAUAACCCACAACAAAGGCCUGGUUUAGAAGCUACGUCAACACCAACUCCCGGCUCUUUGCAUGAUCACGUCCCCCUCACAAACCACACGGUUUAGCCUUAAAAGCUAAACAGCAAACCAACCAAGCCACACUCUGAAAGCUCCCUUUCAUCUUCUUCCUCCGGCACACAUCACCAACAACAAAACUUUUCCUUUUUUCUUCACAUUUCUUCUUUCAAAAUCAGAUGUCAACACCAUCAUCAACCACAACCAGUUGCAGCAGUAGUAUUACUGGGAGUCCUCCUCCUUCUUACAUUUCAUCUUGCUUUGCAUCCAAGCUUUUUGGGUCUUUCCGUUAUCAUCACCACCUGUUUGAUCAAAUUCAUAACCAGAUCGGACCUCCUUUUUUCCGCGGCUUGAGGUGGGGUUUAGGUUGGGAAGAAGUGGAGGACUCUGGUGGUGAUCUGUCUCCUUCAAUGUCUUCUGAGGGUGGGAAUUUUCCUCACAAUAUUUCGUUGGACGUUAGGAGCAAGAAGCUUAAUGGCCAACAAAAGAGAGAUGCACUUGAAAGAGAGGUUUCCAUGCUUCAGAAAAUGCUGAAUCAAGAAGAAAAGAUGCAUAAGAUUUUGGAAGGUGUGCAUCAUCAUCUUGGUGGAUCUGAUAUUAGUAUCCCAAAUUUUCUUCCUCCCAAGACAAAGGAGCUGCUAGCAGAGUUAGCUAUGGUUGAGAGUGAAAUAGCUCGACUCGAAAAUCAAAUAAGUCAGCUCCAACUUGGUUUGAAGCAAGAGCAAGAAUUCACUAAAGAAGCAAAAUCAAGACAGUGGCAGCCUGCAAUGUUAAACAACCACCAAGGUCGUCCACCGCCAUAUGCAAGCCAGCCAAGCCCCUUAAGCAAGGGAACAGGCAAUGAGAAAGUUGGAUUUGAGACUAAGACUUUGCAUUUCAUAAAUAAAGCUAUAAAGGGUGAUUACAAGCUUAAUGAUUUCAAUGCAAAUGACAAACUUCGAAGCUCAAGAUUAAUUGCUGAUCAGAAAGAAAAUCGUUUCCAUGAAGAACUGAAAUUACAAGAGAAAAAUCCAAGAAGAAGUGGCAUGGUAAAAUCACCUUCACCCUUGCGUGAUCCUCGACAUCCGUCACCUAAGUUGAGAGAACGUAUUCAGGAGACCUCCUUGGACCUACCCCCGAAAUCUUUAUCAAGUGUCAUUCUAUCAGAAGAGAACAUUCAGAAUUGGCAUCCCAACAAGCUUGCUGAGAACAUAAUGAAAUGCUUGAACUUCAUAUAUGUCAGGUUACUUAGAACAUCAAGAGCAAUGGAACUAGACAAGUCUGGAUCCAUUUCCAGAUCUACACCAUCCUCUUUAAACUCGAGAAGCUUCAGGGGUGAUACCGGCUUGAUCACAAAGUCAAGUCUUAUGUCCCAUAAGGAAUCAAGGCAACAGGAUCCCUAUGGAAUUUUCAACGUAGAUGAAUCUAUACCAAGGGAUAUUGGCCCUUACAAAAAUUUGGUUAUUUUCACUUCAAGUUCUAUGGACCCCAAAUGCAUUUCAGGUUCCAGUUCUGUUCCUUUAAUAAGAAAGUUAAGGGUUUUGAUGAACAAUCUGCAUUCUGUGGACUUGAGUGUCUUGACUUACCAGCAAAAAUUGGCAUUCUGGAUCAACAUGUACAAUGCUUGUAUCAUGCAUGGUUUUCUCCAAUAUGGAGUGCCUAAUACACCAGAACAUAUGGUUGAGUUGAUAAACAAGGCAACACUUAACGUUGGAGGCAAUACUAUAAGCGCACACGCAAUAGAACACUAUAUUCUAAGGAAGCCAACAUCUCCUAUCAUCAAAGAGGCUUAUCAAAAGGGUGACAAGGAAGACAAAGAAACCAUUGUCCGGAAACUUUAUGGACUGGAAUCAAUGGAUCCUAAUAUCACGUUUGCUCUUUGUUAUGGAACAAGAUCAUCCCCAGCAGUAAGGGUAUAUACAGCUGAUGGUGUAAUAGGUGAGCUAGAGAAAUCAAAGCUGGAGUACCUGCAAGCUUCAAUUGUGGUGACCAACACAAAAAGGAUUUUGUUCCCUGAACUUCUGCUUCAACACUUGCUGGAUUUUGCAUUUGAUAUUGAGACAUUGGUGGAGUGGGUCUGUCACCAGUUACCCACGUCUGGUUCGUUGAGGAAAUCAAUGGUGGAUUGUUUCAGAACCCAGAAUAAUAAUGCCAAAAUCUCCAUCACUGUAGACAAGAUACCUUAUGAUUUUGAAUUUCAGUAUCUGUUGGCUAUAUAGAAGACUUUAUAUACAUAUAUACAUAUAUAUAUCUGAUAAUCUUACCCUGUAACUCUAUGGGUGUGUGCAUAAUAUGUAGUUAUAUGGUUUUGGGGAUGGAGAAAAU